AGGCGCUGAGCUCUCCUCCAGGUGCAUAAGCAGGAUCGCCCAGCCUCACCCAUUUCGGAGCCAGCGCGCGCAAACACACGCAAUCACACACGCACAAACACACAGAGCUCUGCGCGGCUUUUCUGAGGGUUACGGCGCCCUCCUCCCGCCCCCGCACUGAGCGGGCGGGGACCCACUGGUUCCGUACUAGCGGCCGAGGAAGGAGGACCCCCAGGAGCGGGAUCCCGGCUCCGGUCGCCCAUCCCUGUGCAGCCUUAGACCCGCAUGGAGGGGACUGCGGAGUCCCAGACGCCUGACCUUCGAGACGUGGAGGGCAAGGUGGGCAGGAAGACCCCCGAAGGGCUGCUGCGCGGGCUGCGAGGCGAGUGGGAGCCGGGCACCUCUGGCGCCCUGCUGCUCCCAGGGGCGCCCAGCACCGGCCACGGCCUGGGGGACAAGAUCAUGGCGCUGAGGACGGAGCUGGCUUACCUGCGAGCCAUUGACGUGAAGAUCCUGCAGCAGCUGGUGACCUUGAACGAGGGCAUCGAGGCGGUGCGCUGGCUGUUGGAGGAGCGGGGGACAUUGACCAGCCACUGCAGCAGCCUCACCAGCAGCCAAUAUAGCCUGACGGGCGGGAGCCCAGGCCGCUCAAGGCGAGGCAGCUGGGACAGCCUGCCAGACGCCAGCUCCACUGACCGGCUGGACAGUGUCUCCAUCGGCAGUUUCCUGGACACGGUGGCCCCCAGCGAGCUGGAUGAACAGGGCCCCCCCGGGGCUCCCCGUCCCGAGAUGGACUGGGCAAAGGUUAUACCCACUGGGGAGAGGGCCAGGACUGAGCUGGACCUGACAGCUGCCAGGCUAGGGAGUUUGAGGGCUCUGUGGAAGCCCCCAGGGGAGGGGCUCCAAGGUGGACCUCCUGAGCCGCCAGAGGAUGAGAGUGCCAAGCUGGGCUUUGAGGCCCACUGGUACUGGGGCCAGUGCCAGGAUGAUGUGACCUUCCUGUAACAACUCUUCCACCCUUUAGUAUUCCUAUGGCUCUUUCAUCGCCAGGCCCUGGUCUCCCUCGAAUCUAUUCUCCCUCAAUCUGGAGUUAGGAAGAGAUUGCAUUGAAAUCA